AAUCUUAAGAAGCUUCUUAAGAUUUAUAGAUGGAUAACACCUGCAAACAGUGCAAACUCCUAUCAAUCCCCAAGAAAAAUAUUCCCUCACGCAUCAACCAACAACCACUUACAUCGAAGGGGAAAGACAACAUGUCCCUUUACUACGACGCCGUCAAGAUCCUCACCUCGCCCUCCCCCACCGGCGGUUCCUUCAAAUCACGUAUCUACAAUGAACGCGGCCUCAAAGCUGCCCCAGCGCAAGUCUACGCGCUAAUCACCGAGGCCUCGAAAUGGGAUACUGUCCUGAAGGAAGUAAUCGAGAAUGCGGGGAUUCUGAAACUCGAACCCAAGCUCUCACCACUUCUCGCCCUCCUCCUCGUGCACGACCACCUUCUCGCAAAAAGAGGUAUUGCAGCGCCCGCUUCCCACCCCACGCGCCAGGCCAUCGAACGCCACAAGACUAGACUAAAGGGCGAAUUCAUCAAAGCGCGCGUCCGCCGCGGUUGCGCAUCCGUCGAGGACCUCAAAGCCGCCGUCCAGAGGGAGAAACAACCCCAAGGCUCAACGGCGGUUUACCCGCGAUGGAUAAGAAUCAAUAACGUCCGCACAACUGCCAAGAAACAGUUUGAUAGCACAUUCGCCUCGUACACGCAUGUAACCUCGCUCUCAGAGCUAGUCGUGAAAGAUGAUACGAAGCGGAUCUUUGUCGACCCGAAUAUCCCGGACCUAGUCGCCGUGCCGCCGGGGGUGGAUUUCACGGCCUCAACAGCGUACAAGAAUGGGGAGAUUAUUCUGCAGGAUAAGGCGUCUUGCUUUCCCGCCUAUCUUUUGUUUGGACAGGGGGAGGUUUGGGAUGGGGGGGAUUUGGUAGAUGGGUGUGCUGCGCCGGGGAAUAAGACGACGCAUUUGGCGUCGCUGUUGUGUAAGAGGGAUCAGAAGAAGAGGCCAAAACAGCGGAUUGUUUCGAUGGAUGCGUCGCAGGUUCGUGCCAAGACGCUGCAGAAGAUGGUUUCUGCGGCUGGGGCGGAUGGGUUUGUGACGGUGUUACCGGGGCAGGACUUUUUGGCGCUGGAUCCGGAGGAUGAGCGGUUUGAGAGGGUUUCUGCCUUGCUCCUCGAUCCGAGUUGUUCGGGGAGCGGAAUUAUUGGGCGUGAUGAUGUUCCGAAAUUGGUUCUUCCGGUUUCGCCGGCCGAGGAGAGGAAAAAACAGGGAAAGAAAAGGAAGAGGGGGCAGGACGAGACGGAGGUCGCUGCGACUGGCUCGCCAUCGGCUACGGAUGAGAAUGAGAUGGCCAACACACAUCUGGAUCCGGAGCGGUUGGCGAAGUUGUCGAAUUUGCAGACCCGUAUUGUAGAGCAUGCGAUGUCUUUCCCGGCUGCUACGCGCAUUACAUACAGUACAUGCUCGAUCCAUUUGACGGAGAAUGAGGCGGUCGUCGAGCGACUCUUAGCGUCUGAGGUGGCCAAGCGUCGUGGCUGGCGGAUUAUGCGCAGAGACGAGCAGCCAGAAGGGCUGCGGACGUGGAAGCAUAGAGGAGUAAGGACUGAGACCAGGAGUUCCGGCGACAGCCUGGCGCAAGACGGUACGCAGAACCAGGAACUCAAAGUUAACCUUACUGGUGAGGAGCUCGACGGCUGCUUGAGAUGCUUUGCCGGCGAUGACGAGGGGACCGGUGGAUUCUUCGUUGCUGGUUUUGUGAGGGAUGAAGGUCAGUCUGAGGAACGGGUGAGCUCUCGGAAUGGGCAUAAGGACGAGAGCAAGAGCGAGGAUGAAGAUGAGGAUGAGGACGAGUGGGAUGGUUUUUCCGACUAGCCAUUCCAGUCACUCUUCCUUAAAUUGUAGACAUGCUACAUACGUAACUAUGAAACGGAACCUCCUGCCCCGAUGCACAAUAUAUAUCAACCGCACCAUGAAAGUAGUAGCCCUGGGUUCUUGAAAUACUGCAAGCAAUACAAGGAACAAAGCACCAUGCCCGACAUAUAAACUCUAGCCUCUACGCUAGCAUGUCGUAAAAAGAUCAAGGGAAACAGAUUCUAUUAUCGUUCUAUUAUUAUUACCUUUUAGAGGACAACAUUUUAUCUCACCUCGUCUCUUCCUAAGUCAAUAACGUCCAGCGAUAGCGUC